AUGGCGUCUUUGAAUCUGCCUUCGCUGGGUGCCUCAAAUAAUGAACACGAGGGGGUUUUUCUUCCAACGGGCGCGAAGUUCGCCGCCGAGUUUCGGGCGGGCGGAGCGGCACAGCCAGGCGCCCUGAAAUCCGGGUCCCCGGGAACCUCCCCGCUGCUUCGGCAAAAGGAGCACAACAUGGAAAAAUUGGACGCCACUUCAGCUCCCCGUAAGAAAGUCGUUGGUGUUACCCUCAAGGGAGAGUCCACCUCGCACAAGGAGAAAAUUAAGCAACUCGAGUCAUUCAUGUCCGUAAGCUGCGCACGGCAUGUGCCAGAGCCGCAGCGAGGCACAAAUAUAAGGAAAGUCUUGGAUGAUUUGGGUCGACUUGAGCCCUCAAUUUCGGGGAUUAUUUUAUCACUGCGACGGUACUUGAAGGAGAUCGUAGCCACGACAGAAAGCGAGCGAGAGUCGCUGCGGUCUGAAAUAAAAAAUUUAGAAGAGCGCACUUUCAAGAAGUGUGAAGAUUUUUUUGAAACUCGAAUUCUUCAGCUUAUGCGGGACAAGAAAAAGUCAGAGGCAGCGACGAAACAUUUACGCGACGAGGUGCUCAAAUUGAGAAUAGAGCGAGAUGAGGAUCUUAUGAAGGCAAAGGAAGAUGUCAUGAUACGCUUGAAUGAUUGUGAGAGAAAAGAAGAUGAAUUUCGUUCAUUUCGAAGACUUAUCGCAUCGGUUUUCAAAACGAAUGAGGGUCUUGUGAAUCGUGUAGAUGACCUGGAGACACUUCUUCGAAAGCAUCGCAUUGAGGUUCCACGGGUGAACGAGGAUCUAUAUGCGUACAGUAAGCCAAAAGGCGAAGCUGCGGCUUCCAAGCGUGCCGCUGACGACGUUAAAAAGAUACGUGAUCAGGUGUCUCUGGAGUUUAUGGAGGCGUCAAGGCAAGAAAUGAAUCUCGCUCGUCUUUCGCUUCAACGAGAACUGCUAAAUAGCGCCUUUGAUGAUAGAACAGCAUAUCGACUUCAGGUGAAUGGUCUGCGUCAUGAAAAUUUGUCUCUUCAGACACAAAUUGAGGCACUACAAAAUCAAGUUCUGGGUCUUGAAAGAUACAUUCAUGAAAGACGCUUUGUGUCUUCAGGGAAGAAUAACGGUGAAGUCCCACUAACGCCAAGACCGAGAGAUGUCCCAUUUGCCAUUCAGACGGACCUUGGAAUUGACUUGAGGAACAGCACGGCGCGAAUUGUAGCAGAGCUUGCGGCAGUGGGAACAAACCUAAAACAUCAAUUAAAUUCCGCCGUGAUGACGCUUCGUCAGUUAACUUCUGCAGUGGAAUGGAUGGAGGAUGAAACCAUGUUGAAAAUUGCGGAUGAUGCAGACAUUCGAGGAGUUCUCCCAACAUUUCCAACUUCGACGUGGGCAACCAUACCACAUUUUUUGCGUACGCAUAUUGAGCCAGAUGUUACGAACCUUCGAUGGACUGAAACGGAAAUAGCCUUUUUAUUAUCUGAUUUUUUUUCCAGGUAUUCGUCGUUGAGGAUGGCAUGCCGCUCCGUUCGUGACUCAAAGAUGCUUUACCCUCGUCAAUAUCAAUUGUUUGAGCGUUGUCAACAUCCACUGGUGCAAUUAGAUGCGUCGUUGGAUGACACCCAAAAGGAUGACAACAAUGUUCCUUUUGGUUAUGUGGUAUCCUACUUUGUUUCCACCAUACUCAUGACGCAGACGGCAGACUCGCCUUAUUCCGGCCUACUUCAACCUGGGACUCUCAAUCCAACUUAUUCAAGUGGUGGCAAAAUUACUCCCGUUGAAAUGGAGUUUGGAAAAUACAGCUACAACAUAUGGUAUGCUGCUCAACGAUACAAGGAGCAACAACCACUGUGUCGGUUAUUUGUGGAUGUAGUCGAUGGAAGGUUACCAGUAAAGCUUUUUGAGGUGAUGAGGCAUGUCCUACGUGUUGUGGAGACGCGUAUUCGUAAAUCGGACGUGGAUGGAAGUGGCUCAUUUACCUAUAAUAAGUUGGUGAGCUCUGUGCUUAAGCUGGUCGCAGAUAUGGAUGCACAAGUUGGGCGUUGUGCAGUUCUCGCAGUGUUGGAAACCUUUCAAGUGAACAAGGCCCCUUUAAUAGGGGGGAGAAUAUUUAUUCCAUCUAUAUUGGCAGACGAAACAUGUGUGGAGAAGAGUGAUUCCCCUCGAGGUCGGUCUUUGCGUUCGCUGACGGAUGCGCGGUCUCGGAAGAGUCGCUUAAAUGAAGUGCCUCAAGGUGCUUCUGUCCUCACCCGUUUUUGGCGCCGGUUGGUGAUUCAACGUUACGAAAGAGAAUACCGUCUCAUGGAACGGAUUCUCGGGCCACUGGUCGUAGAAAGUCAGGUGGUCGUUGGGCUCUUCUUGCUACCUGUUCCAAGUGCGCUGCAGGCCGCGAAGAAGUUUGAUAGCCAGUGCCGGAGCAUGACGGAGGAGGACUUCGACACGAAUUUUCCUCUCAUUUCAGAGAAUAAGGUUCCAGGUGAGGAGAAGUUGGAGCGCGUGUCGGAGACGCAGCUAGCCACCCCCCGCUUCACCGAUGAAUACGCAAACCUUUUGGCCCCACGUAAACCCCCGCUUCGAGCAGCCAAAGGUAUUUUGAUGGAGGAACUUUUAAAGACCACCUUGGAAAAUGUCCCACUAAUCAGUCGCUCCAUGCACUUUCCGGCGCAUGAGGAGGCGGCAGCAGUGGCGGAGGAGAAACCCCCGGAACCUCCCGGGGUUGAGGAGGCAAAUAGCACACCGGUAAGGACAGCGGUGGCGGGAACGAAUGCCACUGCAAGGAGGAGCCGAAGGAAAGCCAAAGCGAAGGGGAACUCAAGGUCAACGACAGUAAGAGUGGAGGAAAUGAGUGAAAGCGUCUCAAAACCGCCGCUGUCAGACAUUAUACCCUCUGCAAUAAUGGUGCAUGCCGACAAAGAGCUGGCAGAGUGGUACGGUUUCUGUGCUAUCCUACGACAAACCCUCCCCAAAUUUUACGAAGCCAUUUUUAGUGAUGGAAACUUUCAAGGAGAUCACGUGCAACUUUCAAGUAGAUCCUCCGAGUUUCCUGUGCUGCACGCUGAGGAGUUAUCUGAGUCCACCGCUUGA